AUGUCUAACGUUUACGAAAUCAUCGAUAGCUUUGAUAUAGAACAAUCAGAAGCGAACAAACUAGAAAUUUAUUUAAUCAAAAAUCAUGAAAUGGAAGAAGUAUUGUUUUCAGCCCUUACAAGCUCCUAUCAAACAAAAGAAGAUCAACAAAGUCUUUUAAAAGAUUUUAUUAAUACUAUACCUAGUGAUUUUCAAGAGUCUAUUCGAAAACUUGAUCCUCCUCGUUAUUGCGAAUUUGGUUAA